AUGGAUUACCUGACCAGCAGCCCCGCCCCGCAGCCUCGGCGAGGUGGGCGACGAGUGGAACUGAAACCUCCACCACCUGCUUGCUCAGCGCCGUGCAGAGGGCCGCAGAACAAGGGAUCAGGAGGAGCACGGCGUCAAAGUCGUGGAGAGGAGAAGGAGGGCACGGAAGAACCCAGACCGACCAAAUCAUCGGCCGGCACCGUCGGGUCAACGCGGCAAAGGACUGUUCUCUGGGACCCACUGCGGGUAGGUGUGUCCGUGUGGGUGGGUGGGUGGGUGGGUGGGCCCUGGGCAACAACUGAUGGCACAAAGUUGCCAGUUGCCACCACCAGCAGUUGGUCUGGGAUUUCAACGAGCAGGAACAGCGGCGCCGCGCGUUCGCCCCUUGGCUUCAAAUCUCCUGACGCAGGUGAGCUCGUGAUCCGCUCUUUGUCCUGGUUUUUCCUCUCCGGAUCAUUCCCCUAUGGAUUUUCACUGUUCAAGCGGGGAGGUUUCCCCUCCCUGGGUUCGACUACCGCGCACGCGCACGAGGUGUUCGAUGCUUUGUGCCACUUAGAGCUUUCAGGGACCGAACCGAUCCUGCCGUCAUUCCAACUCAGCUGUUUGUCUGGUGCGCAUGGUAUGGCCAGCCUGAGCAGCUUACACGCCGGUCCGAGGAGUUCGCCGUCACUUCCUCGGCCAUCGUCCACCCGGGCACCACCGGCUUCACAAGUGGCAGUUCGUUUGACAAGCCCACUGUUCCAUUGUGCCAAACUUUGUAAGAGCCGUAAUCUACUGGCAGCAGCACUGGAGGUCUCUAAGGACGGGUCCUCCGUGGUUCCGGCGAAUACCCUGCCUUCCAAAGGGGCUAUUGAGACAUUGCGCAGUGCUGAUGCGGUAUGUUUCGAUGUUGAUAGCACCGUCAUCCUGGAUGAGGGCAUUGACGAGCUUGCUGAUUUCUGUGGGGCAGGAAAAGCUGUUGCUGAAUGGACAGCAAAGGCCAUGACAGGGACUGUUCCAUUUGAGGAGGCGCUGGCAGCCAGGCUGUCUUUAAUCAAGCCUUCUCUCUCCCAGGUGGAGGAAUGCCUGAAGAAGAGGCCACCAAGGAUUUCUCCUGGAAUGGCUGAUUUGGUUAAGAAGCUAAAAUCCAAUAAUAUUGAUGUGUUCCUUGUGUCAGGAGGCUUCCGACAAAUGAUCAAGCCUGUGGCAUUUGAGCUUGGUAUUCCUCCUGAAAACAUCACUGCAAACCAAUUGUUAUUUCGCACUUCGGGGGAGUAUGCUGGAUUUGAUCCUGCAGAGCCCACUUCGCGCAGUGGGGGUAAAGCAAAAGCAGUGCAGCAAAUAAAACAGGACCAUGGCUACAAGACAGUUGUUAUGAUUGGUGAUGGUGCAACUGAUCUGGAGGCUCGGCAACCUGGCGGAGCAGACUUGUUCAUCUGUUAUGCCGGUGUUCAGAUGAGAGAGCCAGUCGCAGCUGAAGCUGACUGGGUGGUUUUUGAUUUUCAAGAGCUGAUCACCAAGUUGCCAUAA